GUGUUAUUCUGUUAAACAAACUACUGCUUAAUAUGUUUGAAUUACUAUUUCUAUCAUUUUGCACAUAUCUUGUUACACACGUGGAAGAAUUGCCCUCGAGAUGUUCAACCAGUACUUUGUGUUAGACGAUUAUAUUCGUCAUGAUUCGGAGGACACAAAACUUUGCGCACUUGGCAAAAAAUAAUAUCAAUAUCUUCUCCAUCUUGGACCUAAAAAUAAGUGUGCAAAAAACAUAUGUGUAUUAACAAAUUUAAACAAGUGUGAAACCAGUGUUAAAAUGUAGUGCAUCAAAAGUGACCCUUUUAUCACUCCUAAAAAUGCUUUACCACCAUCACUUUAAUCAUCCAGUGCAGUGACCUCUAAAGUUCGAAAAUUAAUUUUCUUUUACCUAAUUAAUUUUCUUUUACCAAAAUGGCUCGUUUUCUAUUAAUUUUUAUUUUCGGAGUGGCAGUGUUGUGCGUCACCGCAGUCGAAUCCGAAAGUCCGGACCCGGAUUCGGAUUUUCCGGUCGAAGAGAGAGAAAGUAGAGGCUGCUACGAAUCCGGAAGUAUAGAUGCGGCGACGGAUAGACGGCACCGGAAAGGUCGUCGAAGAACGAGAUCCCACAACUCAACAACCAUCAUUACAGCCAGCAAACACCAUUCCACAAAAUCAAGACACCAUCCACAUUCUACGAGAAGUCCCUUAUUCGAAAAUCAAUUACUACAAACUCUGGAGCAAAAAGCCCUUGCCACAAACCAGAAGAAAAACAAGACAUCAAAUCAGCACCAUAGCAAACACCAUCACAAAAAUGGUAAACAUAAAUCACCCGAGAUGGAACUCGAAGAAAUUUCGAGAAAACUGGACAAAGUUCCUCGAAAAUACCAAAAUUUGGAAAUCAUCAACAUAAACCAGGGUGAACUCCAAAAGUCUUCAGAUAAUUUAGAUAAACUGGUAAAACAUCAACACGUUGAUGUCAGUCUGAUUCCCAGUGAACAGGAUUUUGAUCAGCUGUUUGUGAAUAAUAAUAAGACUGUUUUUGGAGAUGGGAAAAAUGGUGAAUUUGUUAGUGUGAAUAAGUUUGGGAAAAGUGCCAGUGCUAAUUCGGUUUUGGAAAGAAUCGAACAGGAGAGAAAAAUUAAAGAAAAUAUGUUUGUGAGUGAGAAUUGCACGGUGGUUUUGGCGCAAACUGGAUCCACUGCGCAAAUUCACUGUGAGGUGAACGAUGUUGGAGAAAAUACUCUGUUGUCUCUUUAG